UAUAACAUUUUCCAUUCCAUGGCUGAGCUGACUCUAAAGAUAAAUACGCCCACCACGAGGGAGAGAGAGAGAGAGAGAGAGAGGUGGGUGUCCCUGAGUGAGAAAAGCUUCCUCACAUGCAAAAACCCUGAAACUUCGUAGAGGCUAUUAUGAUGUUCUCAACCCCUUCUCUUAUACCCAAUCCUUCUUUUCCUUAUAGAACUUUCUUGGAUUGUCCCACACUUGGAAGUAUUAUUGCUCAGAAGAAGAAAAUACUGCAUUACUGCUUGAGUUGCAACUUGAAGGAUGAUGGUUUACGUAAACAGAAGAGUGGCCAUACACUGCUUAUUAAGGAUAAAUUGAGUCGUAGGCUUCUGAUAUUUUUGGUCUCAUCUGGCUUGAUUCCAACCUUAUCUUCUUCUGGCAAAACAAAGAGUGCAAGCCCAUACGAUGAAAAAAGAUUGCUAGAACAAAAUAGACGGAUGCAAAAAGAAAAUAGUGCACCAAAUGACUUCCCAAAUUUUGUUAGAGAAGGUUUUCAGGUAAAGGUCAUGACAUCAGAGAACUACAUAAAGCGUGACUCAGGGCUUAUAUAUAGGGAUAUUGAAGUUGGUAAGGGUGAUUGCCCAAAGGCUGGUCAACAGGUGACUUUUCACUACACUGGUUAUAAUGAGUCAGGUCGUCGUAUUGACAGCACAUAUUCGAAGGGUUCUCCUGCUAAAGUCCGGAUGGGCACUAAUGCUCUAGUUCCAGGAUUUGAAGAAGGAAUUCAAGACAUGAGACCUGGGGGGAAAAGAAGAAUAAUUAUUCCUCCAGAGCUUGGACCACCCGUUGGACCAUCCACCUUUUUCAGCUCAAAACAGUUUGAGGUUUUUGACGUGGAAUUGCUUAGUGUACAAAGUUGUCAAAGGAGGACCAUUGCUUUUUAUUCUGAUUUUGUGUGUACUUGAGCAGUGAUACCAUAUUCUGCCAUAUAUGUUCAGAUUCUAGUGAAGAAAACUGCCCGUUGUGCAAAUGUUAGUUUAGAAAUUGACCAGAAUGACAUUGAUGUAAUUUUAUGAGGAAGGAUAGAUAUGGAGAGUCUGAGCUCCUCAAUGUCCCGGUGAUUUCUUUGUCAAUCAUCUAAUUUUGUCCA